GAGGCGGGCGGUGCGUGUGGGGGCCCGGGGAGGGGAUGAUUCAUUGCGGGUAGUCAUGACAUUGCUGCCUGGUUGCCUGCGGCUGCCAGCCGUCACGGGCACGGGUGGCUCUGCCUGCCCCGGCACGCCGAGAUCCCCUCCGGCUCCCUGACCGAACCCGGGACACGCUGCCAUGCCGGCCAUCCUGCUCUUCUGGAGCCGCGCCGAGAGCCCUGGGCGUCAGCGAAGUCGGUUCUGGGGACACCGGGGGGCUCCUGGCUGCGCUCCCUGCUCCUCGGCGGGGGCUGCGCGGGGGACGUGACGGCAGCGGGGCGGCCGGGUGCCUUGCGGCAGCUGGGAGGGAGGAUGCUGGAGCUGACGGCAGAAGUGUUUUAAUCCGUUGGCUUAGCAAGAAAGCGUCAAGAAACCAAUUAAAAGGAAAAUUACGCCUCAGCAAGCGACUCCAUUGAAGGGUCCCCCCGUGCGCGGCUGGGAAGCACACAAAGGACGGCAGCUCCACGCCAGCACCGCGUCGACGCUCGCUCGCUCGCCCGCUGCCGAAGCCCUUUCAGAGCCGUCCUGGGAGCAGAGGUCAGAGCCAACAGCCACCGGGCUGGCGAGGAGCUGCCUUUUCGGUGUGCCAGAGGAGCCGGAGGGAGAGGCUUGCCACCAGAGCAUCAUCCCUCAGCGGCACCAGCACCCCCGGCACAAGCCAGCACCUUCCUCUCGGCAGUCCCCCUGCCACCCUCCGGUGCCUCCCAGCCGGGCACACGGCACCUGCCGGCGCCUGUGGACAACCGCGAUGUUUAAAAUAAAACUAGAGCCUUUAAAAAUGACGGCUUGGACUCUGAAUGUGUUCGUAAAGUUUCGGAAUAAGUACUCGGCUCCCGGCAGCGUCGCCGUCAUGGGGAAGGACUAUUACAAGAUUUUGGGCAUCCAGACCGGCGCCAACGAGGAUGAAAUCAAGAAAGCCUAUCGGAAAAUGGCCCUGAAGUAUCACCCCGAUAAGAAUAAAGACCCCAACGCCGAGGAGAAGUUCAAGGAGAUUGCGGAGGCUUAUGACGUCCUGAGCGACCCCAAGAAACGAGCCGUUUACGACCAGUAUGGGGAGGAAGGUCUCAAAACUGGAGGUGGCACUUCAGGUGGCUCAGGGAACACUUUCCACUACACCUUCCAUGGAGACCCCCACGCCACCUUCGCAUCCUUCUUUGGAGGCUCCAACCCUUUCGACAUCUUCUUUGCUAGCAGCCGCUCCCGAAUGUUCAAUGGCUUUGACCAGGAAGACAUGGAUAUCGAUGAUGACGACGACCCUUUCAGUGCCUUUGGCCGGUUUGGCUUUAAUGGCAUUAAUGGGGUUCACCGGCGGCACCAAGAGUCCCUGCACACACGGAGGAAGGUCCAAGACCCACCCAUCAUCCAUGAGCUCCAAGUGUCCCUGGAAGAGAUCUACCACGGUUCCACCAAGAGGAUGAAGAUCACACGCAGAAGGCUCAACGCUGAUGGCCGGACCAUGCGGACUGAGGACAAGAUCCUAAACAUUGUCAUCAAACGGGGAUGGAAGGAGGGAACCAAAAUCACAUUCCCCAAAGAAGGAGAUGCCACCCCAGACAAUAUCCCUGCUGACAUCGUCUUCAUCCUCAAGGACAAGCCUCACUCACACUUCAAGAGGGACGGGACGAAUGUGGUCUACACAGCAAACAUCAGUCUUAAAGAGGCCUUGUGCGGCUGCACCGUGAACAUUCCCACCAUCGAUGGGCGGGUGAUCCCGCUUCCCUGCAACGACAUCAUCAAGCCGGGGACAGUGAAGAGACUACGCGGGGAGGGGCUGCCCUUCCCCAAGGCCCCCAGCCAGCGAGGAGACUUGAUCGUGGAGUUCAAAAUCCGCUUCCCGGACAGAAUAGCUCCCCAGACGAGACAGAUCCUCAAGCAGCACCUCCCGUGCUCCUAGAGCCCGGGGACUCUCCUCCAAGCAGCAAUACUCCAAAUGCACGUGCUGCAGCACCCAGCCUGCACAAAGCAGAGGGUGCUACAGCACUUACUUUCAAAUGCAAAAAAAACAACCCCUCACACCACUUCACUUGCCCCCAAAACUCACCCAACCCACCCCACCCCCAUCCAUCCCUCUCCCCAUCCAUCCCUCUUGGCCUGUUUUCUACUCCAGCAGCGGGGAGCCUCCUGCCCAUCAUGGCGCUCUCGGCUGCCAAACCUUUUUUUUUUUUUUUUUUUUUCCCCCCAGAGGUCCAGCUUUUCCACCUCACACAUGCAAGUGGCGUGGGCCCUUUACCCGGGGAGGUACGUCACGUUGUGGGUUUUUUUAUGUCACCUGCUUUUCAGGCCACUUCUCCCACGAGAGGCUGGACUUGUCAGGGUCCGGCGCAGUGUAAAUAGGACUCUGCAGGAUCUGGCAUCCCCGCUGUUAGUUUUUCUCUUCCCUUCUUUGAUACUUGCUGCUGUUUGGGGUCCUGGCUGUACCGCGGUGCCGAUCGCUCCCGCCCGCGGUGGCCCCCCCGCCCUGUAGCCGGACUGUUUCUCACCUGGGACCAUGGUACCGAGUCCAACCGUGGUCUGCUCUCCUGUGCCAAGCCUACAACCGUGCCAAACAAUGGAGCACGUGGGGAUGGUCCCGUCCAGCCUCCUGCUGACCCCGGUGCCCGUGGGCAGCAGCUGCCUGCACCCGCUGCCCGCAGAGCCCCAGCCAGCAGGAGGAGGGGGAAAGCCCAGGGUGGAGCUUUCUUGUUCAGAUAUGUUGAGUUUGCAUUGCUGCUUUUUUUUUAAAUACGUAUAUAUAGAGCUCAUUAGAUGAUAAACUCCGUAAGGGUUGUUUUCUCUGCCCGUUUUGGGAUUCCUGGCGUGGGGCACCCUGACUUUUCUUUUUGGGGGAUAGUUCAGCUGCACAAACAUCAAACCCCUGGGGCGGGGGUGGGGUGGUGUGUAGCACAAGUCGGGGUGCAAAGCAGAGCCAAGCGUGAGCAGAGCUGUGGGUUUCACUAGCCUUUGAGGUCAACAUUGGGGAUUUUGAUAAGAAGAGAAAGGCGCAUGUAUAUAUUUUUCUACAGGGACGAUUCAUUCAGGAGGUAUUUCUAGGCGUCAGGGUGGAGCUGGGAGGCGCAUGAGGCAAUCUGCUUAGUGGCUUCAUUUUCAAAUGCUGUAUUUUUUUAAAACCUUUGGAUUUCCAUCAGGAGAAUUUUUAUAUUUCUUACCUUUCUCGGCCCACUCUGCCUCAUGCCAGUUUUUUUUCCCGGGAAAGGGCUCCUACGGAGCAGGAGGCGCGUUCGACCUGGCUUUGUACAGCUCCUCUUCCACUGCAGCACCACGGAGAAAACCCCUGCCAAAAUAUUCCCCCUGCCCCGGGAAUCAUUUUUUUUAAAGGCAAAUCACUGACUUGAAACAGGGGGUCCUUUGGGGCAGAGGGGCGAGCGCAGGGCGUCCGUAGGGGCUGGGUGUACAGCUGUACAGUGUAUCAUAUGGGGUGAGAAGACCCGUUAGACGCUGCUUAAUUAAUUGCCUGGUUUGGCCGGUGAGGGGACACCACCAGUUCCCUCCACUGGUCCCUGUGGAGUUCGAUGUAGAGAAACCUGGUGGACACCGUGAGCGAGAAGACAGGCCAGCGCGCAGAUGCAAGCUGCUUUGUUUUUCUCGGUUUCAAUGAGACCUGAAUGUUUUAUAGUGGGUUUUUUUGUAAUUUUUUUUUUUUUUUUUUUUUUUGUAAUGUCAGUAUUGAGAGAAAUGAAGAAAUAAAGUAUU